AUGGGCUCGACCAACGAAGCAGAGCUUGUUGAUGCAGAGUACGAACAUGAAGACACGAUCGGCUCGCAGAAUCGCGCCGAUGGCCAAGGAAGCGAGGAAACACCAGCAUGCCAGUCCUGUCGCAAGAAGAAGUCAAAAUGCUCGAGGCAACAGCCGUGCUCGCAAUGCGUCAAGUCCGGUGUCGAGUGCACGUACGAGGACAAGCGCCUCAAAGGCGGCAUCAAGACAGGUGUCGUGGAGCGCCUCAAUCAGCGAAUAGAUGCUCUGGAGAGCAUGUUCCUUGGCCAGGGCAUCUUGAUGCAGCAGGUCAUGGAUGCCGGCAGGAAUCGUGUCGCGCCGCCAGCGUUCUCUGGGCGGUCAAAUAGCGAAGGGGAGCACCCGACGAUUCUGCGCAUGCACACUGACCGCUUGAAACAAGUCCUGCAGUCGGCGGCAGCAAAUUCGGAUUCGGACCAAGACACCCUACGGGAUAGCAGAGCCCCUGACGCUGGGACAAAGCGAAAGCGAAGCUUCGACGCAUACGUACCGCCGAAGCGGAUACACACGACUUCGACGCAAGACUUGUGCUCUCUGAACCCCCUGCCCAAGGACAUUGAUGAUACCCUGACAACAUACUUCAAACUGGUCCAUCCCUGGCUGCCCGUCCUCCAUCCGGCGACAUUCCUUCGGCGAGCGCACGACCCGAACCGAUCAGACGGCGUCACCAUGAUCCUCCGCGCCAUCGUAGCCGUGGCUGCAAAGCACGUGCAGAAAUCUGACGCGGAGGACGUGAGUGAUCUGAGCGAGUACGCCGAGGCUUGUCGCCAAGCUGUUGUCGCUACAGCGAUGGAGGGUAACUCGAUCGAGGCUGUUCAAGCGUUGCUGCUCAUUACCUUCGACACACUAGGGAGUGGAAGCAGCUCGUCGCCGUGGUCUCUUGUCUCCCUCGUCACACGCAAGGUUGAAGACCUGCAGCUCAAUGCCGAGGACUCGUCGAGACGAGACUCCUUUGGAGAGUUCUUUCUCACGAGCCCUCCAGUACUGCAGCCGGCAACAACGUGGCUGGAGACCGAAGAGCGUAGACGGGUAUUCUGGGCCGCCUUUUUGAUGGACCGCUUCUGCAGCAUCAUGACCAGUGCCGCCCCGGUAAUAUCGAGCAAAAGCAUCAGAAGGCGCCUGCCGUGUGACGGCUGCAUGUGGGAGUCCGAUCAAUGCGUCGAGACCUCGUAUUUCAAGCUGGAUGACCAGCCGCAGGUCGAAGAGAACACGGCGCCGGAGGAAACAUCGCCCUUUCCGCCUCCAUAUGCGACAAAAGAAGGACCGAAUGGUGUUGGUGGCCUCGCAUACACGAUUGAGGCGACCGAGUCUCUGUCGCUCAUCACCAAGUUCAACCUGCGUCACUCGCUGGAGCACGGGGAUGCAAAUCGGCUGUCGGCGUGGUUGACCCGCUUCCGCCAGCUGGACUCGCGCUUGCUGCAAUGGGAGCUAUGUUUGACACACCGCUGGCGGGAUGUUCGAGUCGUAAAUGGCUAUAUUGACCCGAACCUCACGCUAGCGCACAUGACGCACAAUGCUGCCAUCAUCAUGUUGCACCGAAGACUUGCUCAUCCUCCGCCGCAGUCCAAAGCGUGGCUGUCUGGCCUCGUCUCGGCAGCGUCGAAGGAGGCAUGUGUGAUGGCGGCGAUGAAGAUUGACAAGAUUUCUCGACGAUACUUGGCUGUGACGCAAGCGUCCUACUACGCCGUUCGACCCCCCGAUGAAGUCAGCUCAAUCAUCUCGUCUUUGAACGAAGUAUCUCGACGCUUGUCAGCCGACUCCCAAGCCAACAACAUGUGUCCGGAGAGCCCAGCUACGAAGCUUGCAAGGGCGCUUGCCGAGCAAAGAGACCGCGACCUCCCGUCCUACCAAGCCGAGGCCUCGACGUCAAGACCGCAGCAGCAAACCCCAUUCCCCGACUUUUACAACAUAUCGAGCGCCGCCGACAUCCCAAGCGUCCUACAGCACUGCGCGACCUCCCCAUCCAGCGGCAUUAGUCCUGGGGGGAUUGCGUCCUUUGGCGCCGACGGUAUCAACGCACUAGGCGAGAAUGUGAUUGACUUUGCGCAGUCUUUGCUGCCGGGGUCUCGUGUCGGCGGUUGGCCGUUGGCCGUCUCCGGAAGCGGUCGCUCCGCGGUCCCUGACGGGACGGAAAUGGUCGUCAGCUCCGGCAGCAAGGAUUUUGACUUCUUUGCCGAGCUGAAGAAACUUGAGUCCCGGGCGAAGGAGUACGACAAGCGGCCCAGCCGAGAUGGUGAAGCGGCCCAGCGUAAGGGGGCCCAGGAGUCCUAG